AUGGCCCGGCGGUCAUCACAAAAAGAUAUUGACCAUUCACGCUCUACAAGCCGCCUUAUAGAAGGAAUUUCCCAUGGAAAAUUCUAUUAUCAGCCCGGCGUGGCUCGUACAUUAGCAGUACGACCGCAACCGCAGUCCCAGAACUCUAUUUCAAGACCAAUAUACACACCGUCUCCUUGGACCGGACUCUUCGACUACCUCAGAGAUAUCGACUGGUUGAAUGUGAAAUGCUUUGGCGUGUGCCCCGAUCCUUUUGCAACCAUGUUUCGAUCUCCCAUGCGUUUAGUACCAAAUAUCUCAGAUACUCCACUCGGGAAACGGCAAAUGUUUCUUGAAAUUUUUGCGCAACAUCAACGGCUAAUACACAACCAGUCCUUCACAGCAGCGGCGUCUCUGGAUAGCUCGAUUCACUUCCUUGUCACGCAGUUACAGAGGCAGCACCCACGGAUUGCGAUGGCAUAUACCUUCGAGGAAUUGUCAGGUAUAUGCGCGAACCAUAUUCGUUACGGCUCGUACUGGCACGUUUUCAAAACCACCCUCCAAACAGAUGAGGUAUUACUGAUUGACCCCAACUAUUCCUUUGAUAAUGAGUAUCCAAAAAUCACUUUUGAUAGCGCAAAACAAAUAUGGCUAUCGCAGCACCUGGGCCUCAAGCAGUUCUGCCAGAAGUUAUCAGGCCUCAGCCAGAUGAUUGUAGAUUUGGCACGAACAGACCACAAUUCUGAAGAGCGCGCAUUUCUAGCCAUGAAAAUCCCAGAUAGGUUAGAGGAGGUUUUGGGACCUCGACUGUGCCCCUUUCCCGAACCCGGCCGCGUACCCACCCCACCUAUAUUUCCCGUCGAUACAUUGACCAGCUCCCCUGUGGACACCAUAGACGGAGAUGUAUAUUCAUUAAGCGACUCUGCAGGGGCUGAAGAAUCGGACGACGGAUGUUCGCUGGGUGACAGGGCAUACCAAGCCAUUCUAGGACACAGUUACUUGGGUGAGAAUGGGCUCUGGGGGCCGUGA